UUUCAAUUAGACUCUUCCCCACUAUCCCCAAACAUGAUAUCGGCAUUUCGAAAUACUCUUUUCUCUCAUUACUUGUUAAACCCUAAACCCUUCUUCUCUCUUCUUCUCAUUUCUACCCAAAAAUCCACCUUUGUCUCUUCGACUUCUUCUCUCUGCAAACCCCGUUCUCACUCUACAUUUCUCUCUACUCUAAUGGCGGGUGGUGAUUUCCUCAAUCCUUCGUCGGACAAACUGGAGAAACAGUUCGAAGACUUCCGCCAUCAUUUGGAGGAAUCGGGGAAUCUCCGGGAGCGGAUACGAGCUGUGGCGACGGAGAUAGAUUCAGUUACUAGGCUCAUUUAUGCUAGCCUUCUUCUCGUUCAUCAGUCUCGCCCUGUUGCUGAGGUUAUCGAGAAGGCUAAGUCUCAGAUUGGAGUGCUGAAGGAACUUUACAGUCGGCUUUCAGAAAUUAUACGAGAAUGCCCUGGUCAGUAUUACCGGUAUCAUGGUGAUUGGAAGAGUGAAACCCAAACCGUGGUCUCAUUGCUUGCUUUUAUGCAUUGGUUAGAAACAGGGAAUCUUGUUCUGCACAGUGAAGUUGAAGAGAAACUUGGGUUGACACCAACAGAAUUUGGACUUGAUGUUGAUGACUAUCUUAUUGGUAUUUGUUUUAUGUCCAAUGAGUUGCCUAGAUAUGUGGUGAACCAAGUGACAGCUGGGGAUUACGAUUGCCCACGGAAGGUUUUGAAGUUCUUGACAGAUCUUCAUGCAGCAUUUCGCAUGCUUAAUCUCAGAAAUGAUUUCUUGCGCAAAAAGUUUGACGGAAUGAAAUAUGACCUGAGGAAAGUUGAAGAAGUAUUUUAUGAUGUAAAAAUCAGAGGCUUGGCUGCUAAUGGAGACUCAACUGGAGAAAAACAGGCACAAGGACAGUCUUGAAUAUUAUCUGUGCGCUAACAUUUAAAAUAGUAUUUUGUCUUUGCUUUUGUGUAUGUUCAAGGAUGGGGAGUGGCUCUGUUCCAGUUUUAGUUUCUCCUGUAAUGCCACAAUGCAGGUUCUGCUGAUACUGUCAAUGAAACAGGAAAGAGUUGAACUCUAUGCUAUUCUUUUUGCCAA